AAAAAAAGGCCGCAAUCAAAAUAGCUGCCUGGCAUGGACUUUCACCUCUUCUCCUUAGACAGUGAUGUUACUACGAUGAGACUGCAGCAGAUACAGCCAUCCUCUGGUUAACACAACAAACAUGGAUAACGACGUGUCGCAUCACUGGUUACAAGGAAGAGAGGAUACAAUUGCAAUUAUCCUCGGCUUCAUCUUCUUGGUGACAGCGGGUGUCAGAAUUGCCUUUCUUGCGCAGGAAUCCAUCAAAGUGGAACCAUCUCUUCAACAGCAAUGCAAAUAUUUCUUCUUGACGACGACUGUGACGUUCCACUUCACGCUCUUGCUUUUCCCUUUCAUCGAUCCCGCGACCGGCCUUUCGACUGUGGUCGCAAUUUGUGGGUUCCUGACGGCCAUCGUGCUGCUGAUCCUUUCAAUGUGUGAGCAUAUUCGAUCAGUGGCACCGUCAACCCUUGUGCCACUCUAUGUUAUCGCAAGCCUUUGUUUGGAUAUGGCCCAGUGUCAACGUCUGGGAUAUCAGGGCCAGCAAAGCGUACCUUACACCAUCACUGCCAUGCUUGUGCUCAACAAGGUCGCAGUGAUUCUCCUCGAAGCCCUGCCAAAAAGAGGUAUCUUGGUCGCUACCUAUUGGGAUUGCAGCCCCUCCGACACUGCUGGUCCGUACAGCACGCUGUUGCUGUGGUGGAUCAAUCCUCUCUUAUGGAAGGGAUUCUUCACUCAGCUUGGAGUUAACGAUCUGUAUCCUCUAGAUGUCACUCUCUCCUCCCAACGCCUCGGGGAUCGUUUUGAGGCCGAAAGGAGGCGUUCCCGUCAUUUACUGAGAGCGGUCACGAGGGUUCUGAAAUACCAUAUUUUGGCCUCCGGCCUUCCUCAGUUACUUUUAAUCGGAGUCAAAUUCACUCAGCCAUAUCUCAUCCAGGAUACGACGAGGUUGGUAAUGGACCCGGUCGAAAGCCAAAAGUGGCCUGCGUGGCGCCUGAUAGGGACCUAUGCCCUCAUCUACACCGGAAUCGCCCUACUCGGGGCCACCUCCAAGCACCAGAUGAAUCGGAUGGUUGUCUGCAUUCGAGGGGGAUUGGUCUCCCUUAUCUAUAACAAGAGCGUUGACUUGAGCAUAACUGCCGUGGAGGAGAAGGCUGCUUUGACGCUCAUGUCCACCGACAUCGACCGUAUCACCAUGUCCUGUGCAGACGUGCACCACGCCUGGACGGCGGUUAUAGAGGUAGCGGUGGCCCUGUACCUGCUGUACGCCCAGCUAGGUGUGGGCUUUCUGGCUCCGGGACUCUGCUUUGCGUGCGCCGUCGUGGCCAUGGCAGCCUGUACGCGGCUGUAUCCACGGUAUCAAAACGCCUGGGUGGAGGCUAUUCAAGAACGGACUUCAAUAACCUCGACUAUGCUCGGGUCCAUCCGCAGUCUAAAACUUCUGGGACUCUCAGCCGUUAUUGGAAGCCUUCUCCAGGGGUUAAGGGUACAUGAAAAUGUCGUGGCCCGCAAAAUCCGAUGGAUUACAGUGGUGCAGGUAGUCUUUCAAAACGUCACAAGCAUCGCCGCGCCGCUGACCACCUUCGCACUUUACCUUGGCUGGGGUCAGUCCAUUGGCAAGACACUGAAUGUUCCUGUCGCAUUCUCCAUCCUCUCACUCCUACAGCUUUUGGAGCCCCCGUUGAUGACAUUGGUUCAAACGCUGCCUCAUCUAGCCGGCGCGCUGGGCAGUUUUGACCGCAUCGAUGCAUUUCUUCGGUCGCCUUCACGACGGGAAUACCGACAAUUAGCGCCAAGCACUACUACAACGGCGACGUUUGAAGGAACUAAUGAUACGGUAGUCCUAGAAAAUGCAUCAUUCGGAUGGGCAGAGGACAGCCCGGUGCUUCGCAACCUGCAUCUCCGCAUCCCACGGGGAUCGCUGGUCAUGGUAGUUGGCCCGACUGGGUGCGGAAAGAGCACCCUGCUUAAGGGAAUCCUUGGAGAGACUUCCUGGUCAUCUGGAAUAGUUUCAUCGACUUCCUCGAUAGGCAUAUGCGGUCAAUCCCCUGAAGAUGCCCUCCUGUACCACGAGGUCAUUGACUGCUGCGGCUUGCUGGAAGACGUGAACAGCCUACCUGAAAAGGAUGGGACUAAGAUUGGAUCGAACGGGAUCGCGCUCAGCGGGGGGCAGAGACUUCGUCUUACACUUGCUCGGGCGGCGUUUGCACAGAAGGAGCUACUUGUUCUUGAUGAUGUAUUCAGUGGAGUGGAUGCAGAUACCGAAGAGCAUAUCUUUCGUCGACUUUUCUCUGUGUCUGGCCCAGUGCGAAGGAGGGCAACCAGCAUUAUCCUGGUGACCCAUGCCGUCUCCCGACUUCCCCUGGCAGACUGGGUGGUUGUGUUGUCGAAGGAUGGAACAAUCGCCGAACAGGGCACUUGUGAGACUUUGAUUCACAAGAGCACAGGAUAUGCGGCCGGUCUCAAUGUAAAUUUUAAGCGCAUUAUGGAUAAUGACCAUGACGCGCGAUCACAUGCUGAACACGAUGAUGUGGCAGUCAAGCAGCCGGCAGUGGUGGAAGCAAACGCAGUGGGAGAAGAGGAGUCGGAAAUGGAAGAAGCGCCAACAUUGGUCGUGGAUGGGGCUCUGCUGUCUAUGGAGCCUGGUGUACGUCACCGCGAUCAAGACACCGGGGUUGCUCUUGAACACUUUCAGCAGCCCAAGCAACAAUUCUACCAUCGUAUCUACUUCGUCGUUUCUGGGCUGCCUCGGGCUGGCAGCUGUCGUCUCACUGGUGUCUCUCACCCUCCUGGUCUGGGGCUUAUUCCUUCGUGUCAUUCCCCGAGUAUCGAACGGUCUUCAUCAAAAACUUCUGCACGCAGUGUUGCUGGCACCAUAUCAUUCUUUACCUCAACAGACUCCGGAACCGUGCUGAACCGCUUUACACAGGAUCUCAGUGUUAUUGACAAUGAGCUUCCUGGUGUAUUGAUUGGGAUGAUGUUACAGCUGGCAAUAUUUACUAUCGGCACGUGUAUGAUUGUGGCCUCCGCUACAUACCUACUGGUUACUAUUCCCCUGGUCAUGAUGGCUCUCAUUGAGCAACAAGCACCUUUAUACACCCACUUCCAAGAAACCAUUGCCGGUCUAGCUAAUAUUCGCGCCUUCGGCUGGACGGGAGCUUUCCGAGCCCGCAACGCGAUACUCCUUGACAACAGUCAACGACCGAUGUACCUGCUCAAAGCUGUGCAAGCCUGGCUUGGCCUUGUGUUGAAUCUCUUGGUUGCCGCGCUCGGCACCGUGCUCAUCAGUACGAUCGCCAUGCUUCGCGAUACCGUACACCCCGCAAUCGUGGGCCUGGGCCUGUUGAAUAUCAUGAGCUUCAACGAGAACCUAUCCGAAUUAGUCCUUGUUUGGAGUUUGACAGAAACGUCCCUCAGUGCUCUGGCACGGGUUCGUGAUUUCAUCGAGGAGACUGAAUCCGAAGAGAAGGACAGUGAGGUCAACUCGCCGCUGACUGCGGGGCCCCGGUAUGGAGCAGUGGAAUUUGAUAACUUUGCUGCAGCCUAUAGCAGUUCUGCGCCACUUGUUCUUCGAGACAUUUACCUGCACAUCCAGCCUGGCGAGAAGAUAGGAGUCUGCGGCCGCACGGGAAGUGACCUGGCACAUCUCCCACUAUCGGAGCUCCGCCAGUCCUUGAAUAUCAUCACCCAGGAGCCGUUCUGCGUACAUUCGGAAACUGUACGCUUCAAUCUGGACCCAUGGGAGGCGACCAGCCAGGAUGAUGCGAUUCUCAUUGGGGCGCUAGAGAAGUGUCAGCUCUGGUCGGUUAUUGAGGCCAAGGGCGGAUUAAGCCAUCUUGAAGACGGAUUUCUUCAGCCAAGGGCAGUGGCAGCUUUUCUGCCUGGCGCGGGCCAUACUACGGAAGAGCAGGCUUGUAGUGUUGGACGAGGUUUCAUCGAGGGCUACUGUGGCAGUGUUGAUAUCGAGACGGAUCGUCGCAUGCAGGAGAUCAUCCGGCACGAAUUUGAUGGGUGUACAAUCAUUGAGGUCGCCCAUCGUCUAGACACGAUCGUGGAUUUUGAAAGGGUGGUGGUGUUGGCAGAUGGGCGAAUAGUGGAGUGUGGCGCCCCACAGCAAUUGUUGGCGUGUGAUGAAAGUUGGUUCAAGAGGCUAUAUGAGUCGUGA